AACCUUGAGUGACCUUACCUUAAGAGAGUCAAUAUUUAUUUUUACUUUGCAAGAGAAUAAGAAUUGCUGCGAUUCAGUUGUGUGACAAGAGGCGAAAAGGACAUGCGGAUUACAUAACCACGCUUCAUUGAGUUCUCGACAUCACAAAAAUGGCGCCGUCUCCCUUGACUGCAAUAUACGAUUUUCUCAGCCUUGGUAACGUCUUUCUACUAUUUAUUUCGCUUUUAAUGUUACAUUACUUUAUGGUUUUGUUCGAAUUCAGGAACAUGCCUCCAGGUCCUCGCUUCACGACUAUCCCAGUCCUUGGAAACUUGUUGUCGCUUGACCCCUCGGCCGAGACAUUGUCAAACAUCUUUAAAAGCCUCACUAAAAACUAUGGCCCGAUAUUCUCCUUGAAAAUGGGCAGUUACAAGUUUGUUAUGGCGUCCUCUCGCGAAGCUGUUCAUGAAAUGUUAGUAAAAAAAUCUGCUGAUUACGCAGGAAGACCGCAAACCUAUGCCUUCUAUACACAAACCUUAGGAGGCAAAGAUAUCAUAAUGGGUAACUAUGGCCCACAAUGGAAAAAGCAGCGGAAGCUCUUCACUGCAGCUUUACGACAGUAUCUUCUUGAUGUCCCGCUCAUAGAAAGGCGAGUCGCAACACAGGCUGAGAAACUUGUGCAGUUCAUGGAGGAACAAAAUGGAAAGCCUUUUAAUCCCUCAGAUUGUCUGAUGCGAAGCGUGGCUAAUGUUAUAUGCGGUAUAACGUUCGGUGAGGGUGAAGACACGACCAAUCCAGAAUUGGACCGACUUUUGAAAUUGAAUGCGGAUUUUAUAGCUAACGAUGAGGAUCUCAGAUUAGCCACAAUCUUGGAAUUCUUCUCAUGGGCACGCUAUUUGCCACUUAAGGUUUAUGACCGUGUUCUGCAGCCCUUGUUUGAGAUACACGAUAUCAUCCGUAAGAUCUUUAGAUUGCGCGCAAAAGAAUUUGAUCCAACAGAACCUGUAGAAAAUUUGAUUUCAGGUCUUCUCCGUGCCAAGUACGAAACCGAAAAUGAGCCAGACGACGAGAUGAGAGACGUUCAGCUGUCUGAAGACCAUUUUGUCAUCACUAUCGAAGACAUGUUUGUUGGCGGCUACGAAACCACAAGCACCACACUAAAAUGGGUUAUUGCCCUCUUGGUCAGAUAUCCGGAGCAUCAAAAGGACAUUCAGCGCCAGUUGGAUGAGGUAAUUGGUGCGGAAAAGAGCCCUUCCUUACACGAUCGCUCCAGUCUGCCGCUCGUGCUGGCCACAGUCAUGGAAACCCUAAGGAUUGGAAACUUAUUACCCAUUGCACUACCUCAUGUGACUCUUACCGACACCACAUUGUGUGGAUACCGUGUACCGAAGGACACCAUUGUCUUUGCCAACACGGAGUCUAUUCAUCUGGAUCCAAAAUUUUGGGAAGACCCCACCGUGUUCAAUCCUUACCGUCACCUGGACAAAGAUGGCAAGUUGAUCACCAAUCAAGGCAACUUCUAUCCUUUCGGAGCCGGCCGCCGUGUCUGUGCAGGUGAAGCCCUGGCCAAAGUUGAGCUGUUCAUGUUUGUCUCGUGGAUGCUUCAAAAGUUUACUUUUAUAGCUGAUGAGGGACAUCCUGUGAACACGAAGGGAGCUUUUGUUCAAUUUCCCUCUGCUUACAAGAUAUGUGCCAUCAAGCGACAAUGAGGAUCUCAGAUAUCACUUUCUCAGGCUUGUUUAUCGGUGAUGUCAAAUCCGCUGUAUAAGACUGCUGAUUUUAUAGAACGAAGAAUUUAGUGCCGGAGACGGCACGGUGCUAGUUUGCAUCAAAAGCGCCCUUAGAAACUAUCUUAUUAAUAGAAAUAGAGUACUUUUAAAUUGAGAGUAGUACAUAAAACCAAAUCCAAAGUGAUCAGAAGGGUCAACAAGACCAAUCUCAAAACGAAGUAAAGCGAAACAAAAG